CGAGUUUUCAUUGUGCGCUCGCCACUCGAGAUUAUCAGGUAACGUCGAUCGGACGGUUUCAAUUCAGCAACUUUUCGGUUUGCCCGCCAAAAAAAACACGUAUACGUAGUGUUGCAGCAAGCAAAGUGGUCAAGUGCCAUAGUGAUAUUAUAAGUAUUGUGAUCCUAAAACGGAAUAAAAAUGAGUUCAAAGUUCAAUCUGUGCCGCUGGAUGCUGCUGCUCCUCGGGGUCUUCUGCCUGCUGGACAGCUCGUCGGGCAGCUUCUGUACCUUGGAGGGAAUGAAGAAGUUCGCGAUGGAGGCGUGCGAGCACCUGUUUCAACAGGACGAAGGUGCCCGCAGGGAAAGGAGGUCCAUCGAGUACCCACAUCACCAUCUAAACAGACUGGGAUACGGCAAAACACACAACAAACAUCACCAUAUCAGCCGGAGCAGUUAUCCAAUGGGUGGCUACCUGAGGGUGACGCGGGAGCACUUCAACCUCCUCAGCGAACUGGACAUCUUUCCGCGCUACAAGCCCAACAAGCUGCACCAUGAGAAGAAGCAGCGAUUCAAGAGGGACAACAAGAUCAAGAGCUACAACAACAUCCCCUACUGCUGCUACAACCAGUGCGAGGAGGAGUUCUUCUGCUAAACGAGCUCCAGUUCGAUGCUCCACGCCGGUGCCAUCUGGUCAGCAUUAUCUGACUCCGUCCAUAGUUAAAGCUAGGUUAUAGGUGUACAUUCCAGAAGUCGCGCUCACUCUUAUAGAGUACCUUAUUGUGCCCUCUGCAGGGGGCACAAACCCAUUUACAGUAUUUAUACUCUUAGGUCUAAGUUGAAUAAACAAUCAAGCAAAUGAAA